CUCUCUCUCUCUCUCUCUCUCUCUCUCCAUUUUACACUUGCUUACAAAUACAAUCUUCUUUCUUUCUAUUUUAGGGAGCUGCUAUCUCCGCUUUCAUGGCCACGAUCUCCGCUUUCAUGGCCACCGUACUCGAUCCCCUCUCCAUUCCUCGCUCUCAUUUUUUUCCCAAACCUACACUUUCUCCUUCCCUCACUGCUUCUGCCUCUCCGAUUUCAUCUACCAACCGGAGACCCGACGUCAGGUUACCGGAGGCUAGAGGUCUCAAGAUUCGAUCCUUCGGAUCCAUCACUCAGAUGCCUAGUCGUUCUAGACUUGUUCGUGGUGGGAGGAUUGUAUGCGAGGCGGAGGAAACUGCUUUUGUAGAGGAAGGUGUAGAAUCUAAAGAGGAAGAGGAAGAAGAAGAUGGCGACGAGGACGACGACGGUGACGAAGAUGACGACGACGAAGACGAUGAUGAGGGGGGCGAGGACGACGAAGACGAUGAUGAGGGGGGCGAGGACGACGAAGACGACGAGGUUCAGGUCUUACAAUCCUCCAGAGGGCCACCGGUUCAGUCGGCGGAUGACGACGAGGACGACGACAACGAGGAUGACGAUGAAGAUGACGAUGGUGAAGGCGGAGACGACGAUGACGAUGACGACGAGGACGAGGAGGAAAACGAUGACGAGGAUGAAGACGGUGAAGAAGAGUGCUUCCUGUUAAUGAGAAAUGGCGUGACCUUGUUCUUCUAUCAGAAAUCCCUGUCCUUGUUGAAUUCUGGGCUCCAUGGUGUGGUCCUUGCCGUAUGAUUGACCCAGUAAUCGAACAACUUGCUGGGGAAUAUGCUGGAAAGCUUAAAUGCUACAAACUUAAUACUGAUGACAGUCCUGCGAUUACAACGGAAUUUGGAAUUCAAAGCAUCCCAACUGUUAUGAUAUUCAAGGAUGGUGAGAAGAAAGAUGCCAUUACUGGUCCAGUUCCUAAAAGUACUUUAAUCAGUCGCAUAGAGAAAUUCUUGUAAAAGGGGAGACUGGAGAGCAUUUGCUGGAUCUAAAAUCAGUUUAGAAUUGCUUUCUUCUCUCUUUAGCUUUCAAUGCCUUUUCAUAAUAAACUCAAGUGUUCCACUGUAUAGUUAUUGGAAGCAGCUGUGCUUUAUUUUAGCUUCGGAUAAUAUUUGAUAUAUCACUUGUUACUUUCAGUAUGUAUGUGUGUUUUUGAUAUGACUACUAUUGGCU